AAAUUACAGCAACAACAAAAACAACAACGGACGGGGGUGCAGUUUUCCUUCCAUAUUCGCAUCUCGCCAGGGGUAAUGUGAAAAAAUCGGAUCGCUGCCCGUGAAAAGUGUCCCACUGCCGCCGCAGGAACCAACGAUGGAGACCGAACUGUUGAUGGAUUGCUUCACCUGCUUCCGCCGGACGGAAAACUUCCUGCACAUCACCGAACGGGAUCGGGUGAGCGACGAAAACGUCGAGGUCGUGUUUGCCAAGCACUUCUGGUUCACCAAAGAUGAUUACCAAAACCGAGUCGUCUGCACCAGCUGCUGGGAGCGGAUUGAUGAUUUCCAUAAAUUCUACUGUCAGGUGGAGGUUGCCCAUGUUGCGCACGGCAUGGGUGUUAUCAAAACCGAACCGAUCGGCGAGGGGGAGGAGGACGAUAUGCAGGAUCUGAAACCGGAAGAGGGUGGCGAUAGUUACAUUUUCGCCGAGGUGGUCAUGAAAUCGGAAGAUUCUGCAGCUCCGACGCGCAAACCGAGUAAGCCAACAUCCAAAGAACAAGAGGAUGGGGACACUCCAAGCGAGCCGGCUAAAGAAACCAAGCGUAAAUACGUUAGCGACGAUGACGAUGACGAUGACCAGCAGCAGGAAGACAAUGCCAAUGAUAGCGAUAGCGAUAACUCCUAUCAGAAGGAAUCGGAAUCGGAAGAAUCCUCCUGCAGUAGUAGCGAGGUGAGCAGCUCCAGUGAGGAAUCGGACGAAGAUGAGGUGCCACUUUCCAGACGGAGGAAGCGAGGUCGUCCGGCUAAGAAACCUGCUCCCAAAAAGCGUGGCCCUCGAAGACGAAUCAAGUACGGUCCGUUCACUUGCUUCCAGUGCAUCCAAGCGGGUGAAGACAAUGGGCAAGUCUUCGACACCUUCGAUCAGAUGAACGAACAUUUCCUGGAGAAGCAUCAAAUCGAGGGCUACGUGGUCUGUUGCAACAGUCGGCUGUCUUCGUUGGCCACGUUUCGGAUUCACGUGAGAAGACAUGAAACCAAGAAGGCAGUUCAAUCAUGCUAUCAAAGAUGCUACGAAUGCAAUACCGGCUUUCUGAACGAGGCUAGCUACGCCAGACACAUGUAUCUGGUGCACACCCCCGAGGAUCAAAAGCGGUUCAAGUGCAACCAGUGCGAGAAAGCUUUUGCCGAUGAAGAACUUCUGAAGACCCACAUCAGUUGGCACGAAGAGGUGCAGAAGAAAAACUUCUACUGUGCGCACUGCGACUUGUACUUUCCCAGCGGUGGUAAUUUGGACAAGCAUAACAAGUCGCAUCACGGCAACGAAACCGGCAUUGUGGAUGAAGCAGCCACCGAAGGCGAACCUGGCGAAUCUUCGCUUGCUCCCGUACCGAAACGGAGAAAACGUACCACUCCAGAAGACAUUGCCAAGAAGGAAGAAUUGAUCAAGAAAUAUGUCACUCUGUCCUGCAGUGACUGCCAGUACGUCGGAAGUUCGAUCAAGGAUAUCCAAAAACACGCCCAAGACGAACAUCAAAUCGCCAACUAUGCAUUGAUCUGUUGCGAGCGCCGUUUCAGCAAGCGCAAUCGCCUCUACGAGCACUGUCUGAAGCACCUGAAUCCGGAAGAGUUCAAGUGCGAACUGUGCGACAAAGUUUUCACGGACAGUGCCGGGCUGCGGAACCAUCGCUGGUGGAUGCACACCCCGGCCUCGGAGCGCAAAUUCAAGUGCGACAUCUGUGGCGACUCGUUCGUCAAAGAUUACCUGUUCAAGCAGCACAUGGAACGGCACAUUAGCCGGGAACGGCGAUCGCAUGUGUGUGCCGAAUGUGGCGCAACCUACACCGCUCCUCAGCAACUGAAGACGCACAUGCUCAAGGUCCACGGGGCACCGACCGAUUGGGUUUGCGACGUGUGUGCCCAGGAGUUUGUGUUCCGUUCGGAGCUGGAACGACAUCGGCUGACUCACACGGCCGAAGGCCGCGCCAGUUUGCGGAAGCAGUGCGAGAAAUGUCUCAAAUGGUUCAACAACAAAAAGAACUUGCUACGGCACCAGCGGCUCUGCAUAAACAUCCGGGGUCCGGCCAUAUGUGACGUGUGCGGGCACCAGUCGGUCAACCGCAGCGCACUGCAAUCGCACAAACGGUUACACCAUUCCGAUAAGCCAAAGUACGUGUGCCGUACCUGCGGCAAAGAGUUCAAACGGGCCCUCCGCUGGAAGGAACAUGAAGCCAACCACGCCGGCAUUGUGCUUUACAAGUGCGAGUACUGCCCGCGGAUGUGCAACUCCAGCUCCAACAUGUACACCCACAAGAAGACGGCCCAUCCGGAGAUUUGGGCCCUAAAUGUGGCCGCCAGGCGGGAAAACCGCACCGAGGGACCGAUAGUCAAGGUUCCUUCGACGCGGCAGGAAGAUCUGGCCAAGGACAUGAUGUUUCAGAGCUAAGCUAAGUACACUUUCCGUUCUCUAGCGGGGAUAUAAACUGUAACAUAAUAAGUUUGGGGUCGUAACUAUUAAUUAAUCUUUGGUGUAGACACGUCGUAUACCACACUCUUAACAUAGCACCCAUAUCUAUCUAUAUGAGUAAGUAUAUGGAGGUCUUGAAUAGUGCUUGAAAUAAAAUUGUGCAUUGAAA